AUGAGGAUCGCAUUUAAUUUAUUUUUUUUUGGGUUGCAGCAGCAGCAGCUGCUGCUGCUGCUGCUGCUGUUUCAGCUGCUGCAGCAGCUGUAUCCUGCUGCAGCCUUUCAAGUUGGUGUGCAGCCCUCCGCCCCGAAUCUGCUGCUGCAGCAGCAGCAGCUGCAGCAGCAGCAGCAGCAGCAGCAUAUGAAACUAGAACUAAGCCGUAUCCAUUCGUCCCCUGCAGCCCAUCGAUCAGCAGCAGCAGCAGCAGCAGCAACACGAGCAGCAGCAGCAGCAGCAGGAGCAGCAGGAGGAGGAAAACUAACAGAACUACUGAUGCCUAAAGUAUCAACCAGCAGCAAAGAUAGUACUGAAAACUCAUCUAGGCUGCCUGCUGGUACUGUUGCUCUCUUCAUGCCCGCCCUCAGCAGCACAAUGACGCAGGGCACCAUCACCAAGUGGCUUAAGCAAGAAGGAGACAAAAUAGAAGUGGGGGACCGGGUGUUGGUGGUUGAGAGCGACAAGGCAGACAUGGACGUGGAAGCAUUUGAUGCUGGUUAUCUAGCAGCAGCAACAGCAGCAGCAGGAGAAACAGCAGCAGUGGGGGAGACCAUUGGUUACAUAGUGCAGCAGAAAGAACAGAUACAGCAGCUGAAGGAAGCUCUUGCUGCUCAUCAACAAACAGGAGGAAAACCUAUAUCUGCUGCUGAUGCUGCUGCUGCUGCUGCUGCUCCUGCUGCAGCUGCUGCUGCUGCUCCUGCUGCAGCUGCUGCUGCUCCUGCUGCUGCUGCUGCUGCAGCGGGAAAAGAGCAGAUGCAGGAUGCUGCUGCAGCAGAUGCUGCUGCUGCUGCUGCUGAAGAUGUUGCAGCAACAGAAGCAGCAGCAGCAGCAGCAGCAGCAGACUGGCUGCUGCCUGCUGUUGAUCAAGCAGCAACAGAAGGAGGAGUACCAGGGUUGACGCAGCAGCAGCUGCAGCAGCUGCUGCUGCAUCGUCUUGCUGCUACUUCUCCUGCUGCUGCUGCUGCACUUAAAGACCCUAAGUCUGCUAGCAACUGA